AUGGUCCUUAACAGAGGGAAGGUUGAAGAGGACACGAAAUAUCACUGGAAUGUACUCCAGAUCGCCGCCAAGCAAGGACAUGUUGAGGUGGUCAGACUACUUCUCGACUACGGAGCUGCAACUAAUGCGGAAAUGAGUUUCAAUCGAGCAGCACUCCACAUUGCGGCAAAAUAUGGCUAUUUAGAGGUGGUUAGACUGCUCCUUGACCGAAGGGCCGCAAUCACAUCAAAAGAUCAUGCUGGCCAGACUGUACUCCAUCAAGCAGCAAAACAUGGACUACUCCUUGACCGAGGAGCAGAAAUUACAGCGGCAGAUCACGCCAACCGGACGACACUCCAUUUUGCAGUACAAAGUGGAUAUUUAGAGGUUGUUAGACUGCUUCUUCACCGAAGGGCUACAAUUGAAGCGGAAUCAAGACCUGAUGGGACUGCACCCCAUAUUGCAGCAGAUUACGGUUAUGUAGAGGUAGUCAGACUACUUCUUCACCGAGGGGCUAAAAUUACGGCUGUAGAUUACGCUAAUCAGACUGCGCUCCAUAUCGCCGCAGCAGGUGGAUAUUUAGAGAUAGUCAAAACGCUUCUUGACCGAGGAGCUGCGAUCGACUCCAAGGCAAAUGAUGGGUUGACAGCCCUUGACCUUACAUUAGAGAACACACACCCGGACGUGGUCAAACUACUCCUUAGCCGAGGUGCAUCAAUAAACGCAAGAACGGAGAAUGGAUGGACUACCCUCCACCUUGCAGUGCAGGAUGGCCGCGCUAAGGUAUUUGGAGUACUUCCUAAACAGCACCCUGCAAUUGAAGCGAGAACGAAUGAUGGCUGGACUCCUCUUCACGUCGCAGCUCGAUACGGCAGGCGGGUAGUGGUUAGUCUACUUCUCAAGCAACGCGCUUCAGUUAAGGCAAUAACAAAUGAUGGCCGGACUGCUCUUCGCCUUGCGGCGUCCUAUGAACAUGCAGAUGUUUGCAGACUGUUAAGAGGGACUGGAGCACUGAGACCUUUUAUGCGCCUAAUCAAUAAAUCCGAUAAUGUAGAUAUGUAG